GUACAUCGUCACCUAGAGAAGCCAGUCGCAGGGCAACCACUCGGCUAAUUCUACCACCUAUUAUUCAUCAAAGCUAUUUCGUAGAGCGACUUUUCAAUUAGAGACAUCGAUUCGAAGCAGGAUGCAUACCGGCUCCCACCACAACAAUAAUGCCUUUAGUUUCUAUGCUAACUAGUAUUUUCAUAGAGCGAUUUUCGGCUUGGGAAAUAUGGAGAACUGUGCCGCAUCCAAUGGAAGCAAUACUGAAUGAAAAGGACAACUUCGCGCUUUUAUUUCUACGAUUACACGUGAGAUUGCUUGUCUCACUACUCCGAAAUACGUCUCGAAAUCUAUCCCGAAACUCCAAACCAGCGUUGCGCUACCGAAUCAUUAGCUAGAGCUUUACCUACCUUAGGUAUAUACCCGGCCUUGCCCAGUUAAAGAGGAAUUAUGGCCUGGCAUGAGACGCAACAGAAAGGUGUCUUUUCUAGGCCAAUUGGAGAGAACGAGGCAUACAUCAAACUAGUUGGCGAUUCCGGAUUACCCCUCAACCGCGAGCACUGGGCCAUCAACGCAACCGCCACCAUCAUCCCAACCGGGACCUUCGCGUCCACCGACGCCGCAUCUCGAUUCCCCACCGCAUGGGCUCACCUGCGUUUCCAACACCCAAGCCUCGCAGCCGAAGUCAGCCCCGACGGCGCAAACCUCACAUACAUCGUCCCAGCCACCACCGCCGCGCUCGAAACCUGGGUAUCGCAGACCUUCAGCGUAGCGUCCACCGCACACUCCUCCACCGACGUAAUCCCAACCUUCAAGCCGACACCGCACGCAAAACUAGUCUACAUCCCGCAAUCGCACGAGCUCCUCCUGCACAGCACCCACUGGCGCACCGACGGCCUCGGCGUCCUCCUCCUCCUCGACGCCCUGCUCGCUCUCGCCAGCACCCCCAACCCUCCCACAUCCUCUCUCCCCUGGGGCACCGAGCCCGCGCGUCUAACGCCCAGCAUCGAAGUCGCGGCCUCCAUCCCGCUCACACCAACAGCAGAACAGAAGGCUCGUGCCGCGGAGUUAGUCAGCACGUUCGCGCAUGUAGCGGGGGGAGUGGGGCUCCCGUGUCUCGGGUCCGCGGGGACGGGUCCGGGCGGAACGCGCAGCGCCGCGGUGGUGUUUAGCGCGGAAGCUACGGAGGGGGUGGUGCGUGCUUGUAAGGUGCGUGGGGUUAGUGUUACGGCGGCUGUGCAUGCUAGUGUUGCGGGGGCGAACUACGAACUCGCUGAUCCUGACGGGUAUGGGGGAAAGGGGGAGGAGGAGAAGAGGCAUUACGCGAGUACGAUUCGGUUUGGGCUGCGGCCGUUUCUGGCGGAGCCGUUUUCGGGAGGGGGAGGGGCUGCGGGGCUGUAUACGACGGGGUGGAUGAAGAGGGUUGAGGCGCGGGACGGGUGGGGGGGUUGGGUGAGGGAGUUUGGGGAGGAGUAUAGGGGGGGUGUUACGAGGGGGUUUUUGGAUGCGCAUCGUGAGUAUGCGGUGCAGUUGGGUGAGCUGUUGCGUGGGUUGGGGGGGAAAGAGGGUGCGGGUGAGGAGGGAGAGGGAGGGGUGAGGAUGCCGAGUGAUGUUGAUAUUAGCAGUAUUGGGGUUGCGGAGAAAUUGGUUAAGAGGUUUUAUGGGAGUGAAGAAGCUGGAUUUGAGGUUCGCGCGGUGGGUGUUGGAGUUGAGAUUCUGUCGAGACAGGGGGUGACUUUCGUCUGGACUUUUCGGGAUCAGUUGAAUUUGAGCGUGGUUUAUAACGAGGCCUUCCAUUCGGCGGAGCAGAUGAACCUAUUUGUCAACACGGUUAAGAGUCAACUAUUGAAGGGUUUGAGCUUGCAGGAUGACUAAGGACGGGGUCUAAGGGGUUACGAUUGAAGCUCAGGGGCUUCCCCUAUU